AUGAGCACGCGCGUCGCACCGCGAGGCAACAGUUGACGUCCGUUUGGCAUGUCGGUGAUCGGGCCGGAUCUCCGGCAGUGUGUCGAUCGGUGCUUCCCUGAUCUCUCGAACUUCACGACUUGUUCAGAGCCGCUAUCCGCCAUGGGGAAGAGCGCCAAGAUGUGCAAGCGGGUCAAAAAGACCGCUUCCUCUGUUUCACAGGUAGCCGCACAGAAGCCUAGCGCCGCUCCCCCCUCUGCCGCCGUGCAGCAAUCUAAGAAGAAGGCAAACCUCAAGCAAAAAGCACAGCAGAGAGGGAAGCAUGCUGAUGGACCCGUACUUGGAGGCGCCGACUAUGUGGACCUCAUGAUGGGCAGUAGGAAGAAGGCGAAGGAGCAGGCUGCAAAAUUACCUCCGCCUGAGUGAUGGAUCGUCCCAAUACCCUUUUUCUCCUGAUUCUAUGCAGGACACUGUCCGAUUCUGGCGCGCCGUGUUCUGUUUGCUCCAGCAGUGAUCAGCGACAAGUGACAACUCCCUUCCGGCCCAUCGUUCGUCAUCGGUCCUUGCGCUUACCUCUUCAAAAGGACCAAGCUCUCAUGCGAACGACGUGACACAGUAGUGGCAACAUACCUAUGCCCUCCAUUGCGAUACCCAACCGAUAUUGUGACGGCUGUUCAGUGACUUCAGUUCACAAUCUUCUGGUCGCCUUCUGAUUGACAUCACAUCAUGAGGUUUAUUGUCAUGAAUGUACAUUCUUAUCCUUCC